UCUUUUUAUUAAGCCGAAGGAUAUGAAAUUGUUCCAUAGCGUCAACUUCUUUCUUCACCAUGCAGCCUUUAAACUACUAAGCCGCCAAUUCUCUAUCUCGCCAUUACAACGAACUUUAAGUUCAUUAUGUGGCGCAGGCCGCUUGCAAGAGGCCUUAUUAGAAAUGGCAUUUCAUGGUCCUGAAAUGAGAUUUGCUGGCUACAACAAGUUGCUAAACCAGUGCAUUAACAAAAAGGCCAUUAGAGAAGGCCAAAGGGUCCAUUCCCAUAUGAUAAAAGCACGUUAUCUUCCACCUUUGUACCUUAGAAACAGGUUGAUUGUAUUUUACAGCAAAUGUGAGUGUUUGGGUUUUGCAAGACAUGUGUUCGAUGAAAUGACUGAAAGGGACGUCGUUUCUUGGACAGCGAUGAUUUCGGGCUAUUCUCAAAAUGGGCUUGCUUUUGAAGCAUUGUAUCUUUUUUUACAGAUGUUGAGAUCAGAUACAGCGCCAAACGAGUUUACUUUUGCUACUAUACUAACUUCUUGCACUGGUUCAUCUGGGCUUGAGCUGGGAAGGCAAAUUCACUCCCUCAUAAUAAAGCGUAUGUAUGAAUCCCAUAUAUUUGUUGGAAGCUCUCUUCUUGACAUGUAUGCCAAAGCUGGCAGAAUCCUUGAAGCUCGAGGGGUUUUUGAAAGCUUGCCAGAAAGGGACGUUGUUUCUUGCACUGCAUUAAUUUCAGGCUAUGCGCAAUUAGGUCUUGAUGGAGAAGCAUUAGAACUAUUUCAAAGAUUGCAAAGAGAAGGAAUGAGUUCAAAUUAUGUUACUUAUGCUAGUGUGUUAACUGCAUUGUCCGGACUUGCUGCAUUAGAUCAUGGCAAACAAGUACAUAACCAUAUUCUUAGACGUGAAUUACCUUUCUAUGUAGUUCUUCAGAAUUCUCUGAUAGAUAUGUAUUCAAAAUGUGGAAGCCUUAAUUAUUCAAGAAGAAUCUUUGAUAGUAUGCCUGAGCGAACAGUCAUCUCAUGGAAUGCAAUGCUUGUGGGGUAUAGUAAACAUGGAAUGGGACAGGAAGUAAUUGAGCUCUUUAAAUUGAUGAGAGAAGAAAAUAAAGUUAAGCCUGAUAGUGUGACCUUUUUGGCUGUUCUAUCAGGCUGCAGCCAUGGAGGAUUAGAAGAUAAAGGACUGGAAAUCUUUGAUGAGAUGGUGAAAAGGAAUGAUGGGGUUGAGGCAGAGAUAGAACAUUACGGGUGCAUUGUUGACUUGCUUGGGCGUGCUGGCCGAGUGAAAGAGGCCUUUGAAUUUAUUGAAAAGAUGCCUUUUGAACCAACUGCUGCCAUCUGGGGUUCGCUUUUGGGUGCUUGUAGAGUUCACUUGAAUAUAGACAUUGGUGCAUUUGUUGGUCAUCGACUUAUUGAAAUGGAGCCUGAAAAUGCUGGAAAUUAUGUUAUCCUUUCUAAUUUAUAUGCUUCUGCAGGGAGAUGGGAAGAUGUGAGAAAAGUACGGGAAUUGAUGAUCAAUAAAGCUGUAAUGAAGGAGCCAGGGAAAAGCUGGAUUGAACUUGACCAAACCCUGCAUACUUUUCAUGCAAGUGAUCGCUCUCAUCCAAGAAGGGAAGAGGUGGUUUUGAAGGCAAAGGAAUUAUCAAUCAAGUUCAAGGAAGCUGGCUACGUGCCUGAUUUGAGUUCUGUUUUAUAUGAUGUGGAUGAAGAGCAAAAGGAGAAAAUACUUCUAGGCCAUAGUGAGAAACUGGCUUUGGCUUUUGGACUCAUUGCUGCGCCUGAUAGAGCCCCAAUUCGUGUGAUAAAAAACCUUCGGAUUUGUGUUGAUUGUCACAAUUUUGCCAAAUACAUAUCAAAGAUUUAUGGAAGACACGUGUCUCUGAGAGAUAAGAACCGGUACCAUCAUAUCGUUGGAGGAAUAUGUUCUUGUGGUGACUACUGGUGAUUUCUGAAGAUUUUUAGUCAAAUGAAUAUAUAUUUGCUUGUGCCUCUGAAAAAUGCAACAGGGCUUGUUGCUUUAUAGGUUCUGGUUGGAGUUAUCAGGCGACUAUGCGACGGGAUUUCAGUCACAACUGCCUAACCACACUCUUCUUUUCAUGUUACCAAUGAUAUUUCAUUGAUUCAGUUAGGUAUUCAAGUUGUAGAAGAUCCAUUUUACUUGUGGUGAGGUGAAAGGUGCACAAUGGCAGCUUAAAACGUGAAAAAUUUCAGCUAUCAAGACAAAAACAAUCUGGGAAUAUGAAAGCCUUACUUCAUCAUUCUAUUGCUGCCACCGUUCCCAUCAAUGCCCUAAAAGUGGUUAUAUUUAUAAAUAUGAAAGAUAUUGUGCAACGGAAGCUCUGAUUGACAAAUUUCUUGAAUUCAGGUUGAGUUAAGCAACAGAACAACAGCACGAGGAGAAGAUCUUGGUAAGCUUGACGAUUGGUUAGUUACUUGAAUCAGUUUUUCUGGUCUGCAAGACUACAGCUAGAGUAUAGUAUGAUCAUCUUCUCCAGCAUGGUAGCACCCUUGCAUUCUCGAGCAAAACUUGAGAGAUAUACCUACCAAUGGAAGCGAAAGCAAUGUCCAAAAGUGGGAUGAGUUGGAAUUUCUAAAACUCAGAGUCUAAGCUAAGGUCUUCCAAGUGAAGUCUCUGUGCGCUUUAUUCCCCAAAACUGUUAUGUUGAAAUGCUAUGAUCCAAAAUAUGCAACUUGUGUAUAAAAUCAGACAGUAGCGAAUUAGAUUAGCAGAAUAGAAUAUUUCAAUAUAUGAAUCUGGCAAAUCUAAUUUCAGAAGAACA